AUGUGGCUUGAACGCUUCUCAGCACACUCGCGGGAGUCGACGCCGGCAGCGACUCCCAAUCGAUCCUUCUCGCCGGCACCUCGCCGUCCUCCGGGCCCCGCUCCUGCACAGCUCCGCCGGCCAGGCAUUCAGCCGCGCAGCUCCUCCCUCUCGGUCGCCUCGCUGGCCGCAUCGACCGAAAGCUUGCCUGCGACGGCAAGGGUGCCCAAUGGCUCAAAUCUGAGAGAGCAGCUGGCUGACUCUGCUACCGAUGUUGCGGAUCCGCUCGACGUUUUGCAGGACAUCAUAGGACCGCUCCAGCGGGUCGACGAGAAUGCGCGAGACGGUCAACUACAUGGGCUGGACUAUGCGGCACUAGCGGACAACAUCGACUUCCGCGGGCUGAGUUUGGAGGCCUUUGCCAAUGGCCGCCCUGAGCAGAACUCUGUCGGCGACGAUAUUGCUGUCAAGGAACGUGCCGCGAUCAAUGAUUUUGAGAAGGACAAGGACAAAUUUGAGGAUCUUCACAAGUCCAUUCUCGCCUGUGACGAGGUUCUCAAAUCGGUCGAGUCGUAUCUCACCAGCUUCCAGGCCGAAUUGGCAGCUGUCUCUUCAGAGAUUGAGACGCUGCAAGAUCGAUCGACCACGCUCAACAAUAAGCUGGAGAAUAGGAAAGCGGUUGAGAAGGUGCUCGGUCCGGAAGUGGAAGCAUUCGGCAUACCUCCAAGUGUGGUGCGCAAAAUCACAGAAGGCGCGGUAGACGACCAAUGGAUUAGAUCAUUGCAAGAACUCGAGCGACGAUCCAAAUCGAUCGACGCCAAAAUCGCCGAAGGCAAAGACAUCAAGGCGGCGCAGGACGUUCAGCCAUUCAUUCAGGACGUUUCCGGCAAGGCAGUCGAACGUAUACGCGAUUAUGUUGUAGCACAGAUCAAGGCUUUACGAUCUCCCAACAUCAAUGCGCAGAUCAUACAGCAAAACAGCUUCUUGCGCUACAAGGACGUCUUUGCCUUCCUCGCUAAGAUGCAGCCUCCACUUGCGGAGGAGAUUUCUCAAGCAUAUUCCAAUACGAUGCGGUGGUACUAUCUCUCAAACUUCACACGAUACAAAACCGCGCUCGAAUCACUCGCCAUACAUGCCAUUGACCAGACGGAAGUGUUGGCAUUGGAUAGCAAUGUCAAGCGGACCGCGAAAGUAGGCCCGCCGCACGAUGCAUUCUCAAUUGGACGACGWAUGGACAUCCUGCUCACUUCGAACAACGUAGCCUUGCCAUCUUUUGCUGCGGAAGAUGACAAAGGAACACAUUACCUUGAAGUGCCUUUCCGAGCAUUGAAUCUGGCUCUCGUGGACAACGCAUGCGCAGAAUACUCAUUUCUGACCGAGUUUUUCUCCAAGCAACCCUUCCACACUACGAACAGGAGGUUCAACGACAUCUUUCUGCCAACUUUCGAGUUGGGACGGGCCUUGACCAAACAACUGAUCGAACAGAGUCUUGACGCAUUGGGCAUCUUGACAUGCGUUCGCUUGACCCAGCAUUUCGCGUUUGAACUCCAGAGGAGAAAGGUUCCUGUCGCAGAGAACUACAUCAACUCCACCAACAUGUUGCUUUGGCCCCGCUUCCAGCAGGUUAUUGACGCCCACUGCGAAUCCAUUCGCAAGGCUACCGCUGCGCUUUCCGGAAAACCGGUAGGAUCUGCGCUUGGCUUGACCUCCUCCUCGUCGCAGACUACUGCACCUCAUCCACUCACCCAGCGAUUCGCCAAUUUUGUGCAGGGUCUACUUGCUUUGAGUAGUGAAGCAGGUGACGAUGAGCCGGUGAGCAACAGUUUGCGCAGGCUGAGGGGAGAUUUCGGCGCGUUCUUGACCAAGCUCAGCAAGGGGAUUCCGRAAGCGCGAAAACGAGAAAGGUUCUUGUACAACAACUAUUCGCUGGUAUGCACAAUCAUUGGGGAGACCGAGGGCAAGCUCGCUGACGAGAUCCGGGAUCACUUCGUCGACUUACGAGAUUCAUUGGGCGUAGACUCAUAA